AUGUCGUUUCUACCUUCGUCCCCGAUUGCUAACCGUCCAGAUGAUGAGGCAGGUAGGGCUUUUUCUGCUGACGUCUUCGGAGAAGAUACACCUGGUUUGCAUCUAAAAGGCUUGCCCAUUAUCGAUGCCAAUGACGAGUAUCCAACGCCAAAUCCAUCUUCCACUAUCGGUAGGUCUUCUCCAAUGAGAUCGAAUGGCAACGUGUUGCCAACGUCUCCUAUCACAGCAGCUGUUUCUUUACAAGGGCAAGAUCCGGUCGAGAUUGCAGAAGUGCAUAUAAAAGAUGUUAUUCCAAUCAGGAUCGACUCACAACUUGAGAAUCAAAAAAUUGUAAUUGGUCGUCAAAGCAAGGAAUGUAAUGUCGUUCUUCCAAAAAGGAAAAACAUUUCAAGAAAGCACGCUGUUGUUUCGUACAACAAGGACCUCGAUUGUGUGAGGAUUCAAUGUCUGGGCACAAACGGUUUGAUCGUUAACUUUCCAGCAAAGAUCCAGUUCAACUUGGUUAAAAGGAACCCUGUGGCAAAAAUUUAUGAGUUGGUACCAUUGAAGAGUCAAAAUAAAUUGGAAUUUACCUCAGAAUUACGUGACAGACCAGAGAUAAAAGAAUUAUCGAAUGUUACAAAUUUGAACUCAUUUGUGUUACUUAAAGACGAAACUGUUAUUAUCCCUUAUAUGAAAGAUAUCAUGUUGGAUUUUAGAACUUCUAAAGCAGUUUUAAGUAAGACAAAGAAAAGAGAUGGCAAAUUAAAGACAUCGAUCUCGCAAAAAGCCAGUCAAUUGACAACACCUGAAAUUUCUCAUAACAUUAAGACCCCUUCAACCCCAAUGAAGGAAGCAACUUCGCAAUACCUACCAUUAAGUCAAGAAACACCAAUAAAUGCAAACCAUCACACUCUGAAUAACAAGUUAAAUAAGCAGAAUGACAAACACAAAAUUCACAAACCAGAACAUUUCAAAAAGUCACCAAAAUUGGUAGAACCUUCUAAAAAAAUAGCUGAUAAAGAUAUACUUGAAUCAUUAACUAAAAGAGGAUAUGACUGUGCCGAUUUAAGACAUAUUUUAGCAAACCAUUUAGCAUUUUCUAAUGUACAACAAACACCACUUACACAAUUACUUACUGUGAAUUCGAAAAUUGGUACUUUAAACAAAACAGAGUUACGUUAUCUAUUGUCAGUAGAAAAUUGCAUUGGUGUGAUUUAUCGUCAAGGCAAAGAUGCUGCUGGUAAGCCAUUAGAUGAGGAAUACUAUUAUGACUUAGAAAAUGAUUCAGAUGAAGAAAGAAGAUCGUUGGUUCAAUCCUUGAAAGGUGGUAGAACCGGUCUUAGAUCUUGCAGAAGAACCCAUAAACAAUAUUUCUGGAAAAAGCCAACAAAAUAG